AUGAAGGCCUCAAUCAUCUCCGUCGUCGCGGCCGCUGCUGCCGUCAACGCCCACGGUGGCAACUCCACCAUCCCCACUGGAACCAUCUCAACCAUCUACUCCACCAGUGUCUACACCAUUACCUCGUGCGCCCCAACUGUCACCAACUGCCCCGUCGGCAAGGUGACCAGCGAGGUCUACAGCACCACCACCUUCUGCCCAGCUACCACCCCAGCGGUUGCCACCAGUGUCCCAGCUGGCCCAAGCAUCUCAACCGAGUACCAGACUCACGUCUAUACCAUCACCUCAUGCGCACCAACCGUGACCAACUGCCCCGUCGGCAAGGUCACCAGCACUGUCGAGACUGUGACCAAGGUCCACCCAACCGGCAAGCCAUCAGGAGUUAUCCCUCCCCCAGCCGGCAAGCCAGAGUGCCCAGCUGUCACCUCCUACGUUACUGUCACUGUCCCAGCCACCCCAGCUGGCCAGAAGCCAGCAACCAGCGUUGGUGCCGUCUGCCCAGGUGGUGCUAACUGCCCUCCUGCUGCCACCGGUGUUGCCCCUCCUGCCAACACUGCCGUCGUCUGCCCCGGUGGAGCCAGCUGCCCUCCCGCAAACACCGCUGUUGUUGUCUGCCCAGGUGGAGCCAACUGCCCCAAGCCUGUUCCAUCUGCCGCCCCCACCGGAGGCAAGAGCUACAACACCACCACCACCGUUCCCUUCACCAGCGGAGCCUCAGCACAGAAGGCUGGUGGCCUCUUGAUGGCCGUCGGUCUCGCAGCCGCCUAUCUCUUGUAA